AUGUCUACUGAGUUCAAAUCAACCCUUCCACCUCGUAAGAGAGCUAAGACUAAGGAAGAAAAGGAACAACGUCGUGUGGAGAGAAUACUUCGUAAUAGAAGAGCUGCUCAUGCUUCAAGAGAAAAGAAACGUAAACAUGUAGAAUACCUUGAAAGUUAUGUGUUGAAAUUAGAGGCAAACUUGGAAAAGUCUCAAGGUAACUUUCUUCGUUUGAAAGACCUUGUUGAUGGUAGCGUUGUUGAAAAGGCUCAGGUUACUGACCUUGACGAUUUAGUGCAACUCAAAGAACAAAUACAUUCAAAUUUGAACAAUAGUGCUUCAAAUAACUCACAUGAGGAUGAUGGUGAAGAUGAUGAUGAAGACUGUGAAGUGAAGAGUGAAUCUUUUUCUACUCCAACAAAGAAGAGAAAGUUAUCAGAAGAUUCUAUAAAAACUGAAAAUGUUGAAGCUUCCAUUCCACCUCCAGUUACUACCGUCACUUCUGCUCCAGUUGUUUCGACUCUCCCAGUCGUAAAAUCUACUGGCAAGGAUGAUCUUCUUUCCAUUUCUCCAGAUAACAACUCAUACUACAACUACCUUUCACCUAUUUCGAUGAAUUCACCAAUGAGCUCACCAAUCGAUUUAAAGCUUGAAACUGAAGCUAGUGAGCAACUUCCACAACUAACUUUAGAUAAUGGUUCUUUAUCACCAGAAUCAGAACUUACAAGAGGGUUUAAUUCAAUGGGGCAAAAUUCAGAAGUAAUUUUGUUGCCAAAAAGCUAUGAUAAUAUGAUGAUGUCAAUCCAUUGUUGA